AUGUCAAGUCAUCAAACUUCAUCCCCUUCCAAAAACGACGAAACUGUUCAUUCACAAACCACCAUAUCACCUUCAUACGAUUCUCUCCCUCAACAAAUCACCAUCGCUUAUCCUCUCACUACCAUUUUUCCUGAGGAAACAACGAAGAGAAAGAAGAUUUCAGCGAAGAAGCCAACGCCAAAGAAAACUACUUCGCGUGACGCAUCUGCUUCAAAAACGGGUAAGAAAUCAAAAUCUAAAUCUACUCUUAAAACGGUUCAUACAAUGCGUGAACUGUAUCUCGACAAUCCUGCUACUGCAAAUGUUGAUGUUAAUGUUGAAGCAUCUGAUUCUAGUAAGAAGAAUUUAAGCUCUGAAUUGGAUUUAACUGAAACCCUAGGAUUAGAAAAACCUAGGUCUGCUGAGAAAUUGGGGGAAACCUCCUUGGAAAACCCUAAUGUUGUUGUUGAUGAAAUUGGCGCUAACUCUAAGGCCAAUUUUGUGUCUGAGAUGACAGUUGAUGAGAAUGCAGGUUCUGGGCUAGAUGCUGCAAAUGAUGCUACAGCAUCUGAAGCACAUGUUGAUAUUAGUGCCUCUGUAGUCCCUGAUUCACCAAACUCUCCUGUGGUUCCUGUUAAUGAAAAGGGUACUGAAACCACCACCCCUGCUGAUGUCAUUACUCAGGAUAAGGGUAAAACUGCGAGUAUGCCUGAUACAAGAGAGGCAAAUGUAGUUGAUGUUGAAAACCUACAAGUCAAGAGUACUCCUAGGGCUGGUAUAUCUAGGAGGCUGAGGAGUAAUACAGGAAAGGAGAUAGCCACUCCUCUAGGGGCCACCAAAACUAAAAUUGGGCCUAAGAAACAGUGGAGCAAGGUCACUGUGCCCUCUGACAGUAAGAAGAAGAAUGUGAAGAGAAAAGUUGUCUCCUCAAGUGAUUCAGACUUUGAGGAUGAUGCUGCAGCACCUAUUGCAGCAUCCUCACAGAAGGCUGCUAAGAAAAAGAAGACUGUGGAAGAUAUUCCUCCUGUUCCUAUUGAUAAUAUAUCCUUCCAUCGUGUAGAAAAUGCAGAAAGGUGGAAAAUUGUGGUUAACAGAAGAUUAGCUUUGGAAAGAAACUUGCAUGAAGACUUUCUUGAAUGUCAAGAGGUUAUGGACUUGAUCAAUAAGGCUGGGCUGCUGAAGACUGUGACUGGUCUUGGAAACUGUUAUGAGAAAUUGACCAGAGAAUUCUUGGUCAAUGUUACAGCUGAGUGUGGUAAUCCUCUGAGCUCUGAGUACUUGAAAGUUUUUGUUAGAGGAAGGUGUGUGGACUUCUCUCCAGCCAUCAUCAAUCAAAGUCUGGGAAGGAGUACUGAUCCCUCACCUGAGUUAGAAGUAUCUAUGAAAAAGAUCUGCAGCAUUCUCACAGGUGGUGGUAUGAAGACUUGGCCUAGGACUGGAAAGUUGCCUGCUGCAAAAUUGACUGCCAAAUAUGCACUUCUCAACAAAAUUGCAGCUUCUAACUGGGUCCCCACUACACAUUCCAACAGUGUAGCUACAGGUCUGGCAAAAUUUAUAUAUGCUGUAGGUACUGGUACAUGCUAUGAUUAUGGCACUCAUAUUUUUCAUGCUACAAUUCUCCAUGGCUCUUCUACUGCUGUAAAAAUGCCUAUAGCAUUUCCCACUCUGAUCUGUAGUAUUAUCUUGUCUCAACAUCCUGACAUCUGCACUAACUCUGAUGUGCCUGUCUCUAGACCCUCAGCUUUAACCAUGGAUUUUAGAUUAUUGGAAGGAAAACAUGCUGCAGACAUUGCUGUAGCAUCUUUGAAGACACCAGCUGUAGGUAUGACCAAGAGACAGAUGAUUGCUAAUCUCAGGGAGGUUAGUAAUAUGCUAGGUGAGAAGAAGGAGCUGAUAGAUGGUGUAAUCCAAGCCUUGGAGCUUGAGCAGACAAAGGCAAAUGAGGAUGGAGUUGGUCCUUCCCAUGAUGUUUCUCAUUAUGAUGAUCUUGCAGGUGGUGACACUGUAGAAGAGGAGAUGGCCUCUGAUGAAAGCCCCUCCGUAUGA